AUGGCUUUUAAAGUGUUCAUGUUCGCCUUAUUGGCUGUCGGUGUGUUCGCCGAAUACCAGAUCACUGAGGAACAGCGCAACCAAGUCAAACAAGUAAUUGCCGAUACGUGUAAAAGGAAUGGCGCUGAGGGAAAAGUCGACGAAAUCACAACAACCGUGCACACUUUUAUUGACUGUGUCAAGGGUUUAUUCAACUUGGAAACCAUUAAGAAGGAAAUAGAAGAAGCCAAACCCAACGGUGCUCUUGAUGAGGUCUUUAAGAAAUACUGCGCAAAGUCUCCACAGCUGAAAACCUGCAUCAGCACACUGAUUGACGGCGUGUCUCCAUGUCUGGAUAGCAGUAUCCGCGAAAACAUCGGCACUGGAAAGAACGCUACAUCACAACUUAUUGACUUUGUCUGCCAUAAGGAUGGUGAUAGGAUCGCGUUGUUCAUCGCUGAAGAGGGUCCCCAAUGUUUCCAAGAGAAGACUAGUGCGAUCCGCGAGUGUGCUGAAAAGGCGAAGGAAGGCAUCACCGGCGUCGAAGCCGUCAAGAAACUGACUAUUGAUGAACAAUGCGCUAAGUUUGACAGCUUAACAUCGUGCAUCGUGAAGGCUCUUGAGGAGUGCACUUCUCCCACACCUGGCAACAUGGCCGAGUCCUUAUUCAGAUAUAUGAAGAACGGCUCUCCUUGCAAGGUUCAGUUUCGUGGUCUGAAGGGAACGUUUUGUUUUGGAAGGGAAGGCUAG